GACUUUCUCGUGUUAAUUUUUACGCAAUUUUUGUGAAAACUCGUCAUUUUUUACCAAAAAAUUCAUUGCAAUCAUCGCUCAAAAGUGAAAUCUUCCACAAUUUUAUCGAAUUUAUCGCGUGCCGUGCCGCUUAUCACCCGAAAAGCGCCAAAAAGAAGAUGCUGAGGUCAAGAUAGAGGAGAGUCGACGUCAUACACAUGUAAAAAUCCCUACCAACGAGCUUUCAACCGACAAAUUUGACGAAUUUUGCCUCAAAAAUGGAUCAAUUAUUGUGUGACACGACAAAUGUGCUCAACAGACCGCUUCUUCUGUGCAAAGUUUGUUGCAAAACGGAGAAUAUUCGGCGUUGCAGUGCUUGCCAAAGUGUCUUUUACUGCUCCAAAGAGUGUCAGAGCAUCGAUUGGCGCAGUCAUCGUGCCGAUUGUCGUCGAAAACAACAAGAACUGGCAGCUCCCGUCUCACCUCCCUUACCAAGUCCGCCUUCCGCGAUGAUGACAAGUCCCGUUCUGAGUCCCGGAUAUGCAGGAAGCGACCUUGAACCGCAACCGGGCACAUCGCAAGCGAAUCCUGACCUCGGAAUUACGCCGGAUGACCUUGACAGCUACUUGGAUGGCGCCGCCACAAGUCUCCUGAACGACAUUAUGAGUGACACGGGCAGCCUGGAGAUUGUCGAGAAUUUGUUGAAGCAACAAGAGCAGGAACAACAACAACAACAGCCAUUGUUCGACGAGGGAACCGCUGAAAAUGGAAUUGUACGUGACGAUUUCAACAUGCUCGACGACUUGCUGUUCAGUUCGUCGGUAGAUUUUGACUUGGCAGGUACGACGGGCGAAGGCACGUCGUCGCAAACAUCACCGAACGCAUCAGUCGCGCACGAAAGCAGCAGUCAGAAUCAAUUUGGUAUCGGAGCCGAAAUGAUGCCUUUAACGAAUAACGAUAUAUUUCCCGAAUUAAAUAUGCAGUUUAGUGAUCCGGCAAUCGAGCAAUUUGGCGUGGAAGAGAUGUGCGAAAGUCUCGUGAGGGACAUGAAUGAGUACGGGGUUUGUGUGAUCGAUAACUUUUUGGGGCACGACAAGGGAUUGGCAGUGCUAAGGGAAGUUAAUGACAUGUAUUCUGCGGGAAUUUUCAAGGACGGACAAGUUGUAAAUAAUCGCGUCAAGUGCAACGCCAACAUUCGCGGCGAUAAAAUCACUUGGGUCGACGGCAAGGAACCAAAUCACGAGAAUGUCCGAUAUUUAAUCAAUCAGGUGGAUGCCGUCGUCAUGCUCGCCAACAAAAUGCAAAAUAAUGGAAAAUUUGGACUGUACAACAUUAGAGAAAGGACCAAGGCGAUGAUUGCUUGUUACCCUGGCAGCGGCAGUCACUACGUCAAACACGUCGAUAACCCAAAUGGCGACGGGCGUUGCAUCACCGCCAUUUAUUACCUGAAUCUAAAUUGGGAUUGUUCCAGAUACGGCGGUCUCUUGCGAAUCUUUCCCGAGGGUUGUGCAGAUCGCGUUGCCGACAUCGAGCCAAUUUUCGACAGAAUUCUCUUCUUUUGGUCCGACAGGAGGAAUCCGCAUGAAGUUCAACCGGCACACCGAACACGUUACGCCAUCACGUUGUGGUAUUUGGAUCAGCGGGAGCGCGAAAGUGCGCUGCGGAGGCACGAACAGGAAGGAAAUGCCCCGAAAAAGUUGAAAGUUCACUGAAAAUCUGUACCUUAGAUGAUGUAAGAUAGUUUUUUUUUUAAGGAUAAGUUAGGAGAGAGAAUUUACCGCAAAAAGGCCAGUUAUGAUGUAAAUUUAGGUUAAGGAGCGUCGUUGUUAAGGAAGGAAGAGAAAAAAAUUAAAAUUAAGGAACUAAGGUUAAUGACGGAAUGUUCAAGAUAUUCUAACAAGUGUACCUAUCAAAAAAAAAAAAAAAAAAAAUUGAAAGCUGAUUAUUUAUUUUGCUUUUCUUUUCCGAUAUUAUUUACAAAAAUUAUUAACAAUGUUCUUCUCAUUUAUCACAACGGUAUUAUUGUUACAUUAAUGACUAGAAUUAAUGAAUAAAUUA